AUGAUGCCGACGCGACUGCCCCCGCCACAGGGUGUGGUCCUUGGCUCCGUGCGCAAGAGGCGCGGCAAUCUACCAAAGCACUCCGUUAAGAUACUGAAGAGGUGGUUGUACGACCAUCGGUACAACGCAUACCCGAGCGACGCUGAGAAAAUGGCGCUCAGUCAGGAGGCUAAUCUUACAGUUUUGCAGGUAUGCAACUGGUUUAUCAACGCACGACGACGCAUUCUGCCUGAGAUGAUCCGACGCGAGGGUCACGAUCCGAUGCGCUAUACAAUUUCACGACGUGGACGCAAGCAGCCGGCCGCCAUUGGCAUGAUGGGCAUGGGGCACCCUGGAUCGUCAGGUGCGGGCAUCGGCAUGCCCGGGAACGUUACCGUCCCUUCAUGGGGUGGAGUUGAGGUUCAGAACGUUGUGGACAAUAGCCGCGGCCAUGAUUAUGGUGACGGUCUUCUUGUCUACCGAAACGACGAGCUCGGCGACGCCGAGGAAGGCUACUCGAGCGCUAUAAGUGAGGACGAGGUCAAAUACGACCCUUCUGUCUGGCAGUCUGUUAUACGUUACGGACCAGAGGAUCGGGAACUGCAUCCGGCAACACGAGGAACGGGAGGGAUAAUGACGAUGAGCUCGGCACAGUUAGGUGACGCUGGCAUCUGGUCGCCACAGCUGCCGCGUCUGCAUCAACCAUUAAACACGCAGGUGGUGCCGGGCAAUACGGAGCUUGAGAGAGACAAGUUUAAAUGCUUGUACCUCUUAGUGGAGACGGCCGUAGCGGUGCGUCAGAGGGAGAAGGAACAAGAGCAGAUCCAAUAA